UACUCGGUGGACAGGCCUAAACUACUGAACUUAAGAAUGGGAGACUUCAGAGAGAUCGAUCAAGACUUCUUCCAGACUGAGUAUUACAUAGAUGACCAGGGUCAAGAGGCCUAUGGCUAUGACCCAGUAUACACCAGUCCAGAUUACCAAGAUGUAGAUGGUACAUCAAAUGCAUAUGCACCAUCACAGGACCCACCUUAUGCAGGGCAGAUGUUUCAGCCUGCAGCUCCUCCUGGGAAUGCUGAAUACACUGACUCCUUUGAGGAAGAGCCUCCAUUGUUAGAGGAGCUGGGCAUUAACUUUGAUCACAUCUGGCAGAAGACUCUGACUGUGCUGAACCCAAUGAAACCAGCAGAUGGCAGCAUCAUGAAUGAAACUGAUCUAACUGGUCCUGUUCUGUUCUGCAUUGCAUUGGGAGCCACUCUUCUUAUGGCAGGAAAGGCCCACUUUGGCUUUGUGUAUGGAAUCAGUGCAAUGGGAUGUAUGGGCAUACAUGUUUUGCUGAAUUUAAUGAGUGCAUAUUGCAUAUCAUUUGGAUGUGUGGCUAGUGUGCUAGGAUACUGCCUCCUGCCUAUGGUGGCACUCUCUGCAUUUGCUGUUUUUUACUCACUACAAGGAGUAUUAGGAACAUUACUGGCCAUGUUCGUGAUUGGCUGGUGCAGUCUGUCAGCCUCUAAGAUCUUCAGUGCCACUCUGGAUAUGAGUGGACAGCAGCUGCUGGUGGCCUAUCCCUGCUCUUUGCUCUAUGGAGUCUUCGCCCUUCUCACCAUCUUCUGA